AUGGAGCUGAUGGAGAUCACCACUCCAUCUUCAGAUUACACUCAGCGCGGCUGUUCUACGGUCGCCGAGAAGUUGCCAGCGACUAGAAGCAACAAGGAAAUCGGCUUGGUGUAUCGUCUGAGGAGAUGGCACAAGGAGAUUUGGCCCGGUAUCAACAUCCCGGUAGCCUUCUUGUGUCUGGCUUUGGGUCUCCUGUUGUGGUGGUUUGUACCACCUGGUCUUGACCCACAAGUCUGGCACGUGUUUGUUAUCUUUCUAUGUACCAUUGUCGGUGCCGUCUUAGAGCCAUUACCUCUGACGGGUGUUUGUCUGAUCAGCAUCGCCAUCGCUGCAAUAACGAAUGCCCUCACUCAGGCUCAAGUGCUAUCAGGGUUCGCUGAACCAGCCGUGUGGCUCGUCAUUUUCGCCUUUUUUAUAUCUUCUGGUUUCGUGGCUACUGGUCUUGGUAGGCGUAUUUGCUUCGUCAUCUUCAAGUACUUUGGAUCGAGUACCAUCGGACUAGCUUAUGGCAUCUGUCUCUGUUCGGUUGUGCUUGGUCUCGGCAUUCCUUCCGCCACCGCGAAGGCUGUCGGUAUACUUCUGCCUAUCAUAGAGCCUCUACUCAAGGAAGCUUUCCAAUCGGACCCAGCGAUUGGGACUCAGAAACGUGCCGGCACUUACAUUGUGAUGGUCCAGAAUGCUUCCACGUCUAUGACAGCAGUAACUUGGUUGACAGCUGGAGCGUGGAAUGCUCUCAUGGCCCAGUUCAUGGCCGAUGUUGGUGUAGAGCUCACCUGGCUAGGCUGGGCUUACUCCUUGGCCCCUGUUGUAUUGGUCGGUGUUGCAGUCGUACCGCUACUAAUGUUCAUCCUCUGUCGUCCAGAGAUUGUACGGACUCGGCAAGCCCGCAGUGCGGCCGAGGAGCGGCUCAGAGAAAUCGGUCGAAUGACUCUACCAGAAAAGGCGAUGUUGGUGGUAUUCAUUCUCAUUGUACUGUUAUGGGUGUUGUCCUCGGUACUUCCUACCAUCUUCCCUUUUACAGCCACUGAAGUGGCGAUGUUGGGAGUUGCUGCACUACUGAUACUAGGAGUGCUCGAUGUUCAAAGAGACAUCGUGUCAGAUAAGAGCGCUUUUGACUUGCUCAUAUGGUUCGCAGUGCUAAUCAUGUACGCUUCCCAGCUUGAGGCCGCCGGCUUCUGGAGAUGGGUAUCAGGGAAUAUUGUCUUGAGCUCUCUAGCACCUUAUCCGUGUCUAUGUGUUAUAUGUCUUCUAUUUGUUCUAUCACAAUAUGCUUUCGCAUCUAUCACAGCUAGAGUGGCUGCUCUGUAUCCGGCCUUUGUUGAAAUAAGCAGAAGUGCCGGUGUGCCAGUUGCGGUUGCUUGCCGUGCUCUAGCCGUAUGUACUUGGGCCGGACAUGUUACCCCUUACAGUUGUACCUCGAACCCCGCCUACUAUGGUUUAGGUUACGUGAGCUCCAAGCGUUGGUGGCUGGUUGGAGUCGUCCUCAUGCUCGUGAAUUAUGUUAUCUUGAUAACAAUAGGCUUUGGCUACUGGUGGUUGCUGGGUUACUGGGAUUGACCAAGAGACGCGCUCCUUAUGGUCAAGAGUGUUGACGGUAUUCAUGUCUAAACUUUUUCCACAUUGUCAGGAUAAUGUUCCGUCGUCAUCUUCUCUUGAGGCUCGCAAUACAUGAAACUCUCUUCAGUAGAGACUCUAGCAGAGCCGUCAAAUUUCA